AUGACAAGUGAGCCGCUCAUCGAACAAGCUAAUUACAGGGUUGUUUUUCGAUUUUUUUUUGGAAAGGGGAGAAAAAAAAUUUUUUAGGUAUAUCCAGAAAGGUGGGCCGUCUUGUCAGCAUGUGCAAUUCUGUCAAUGACCAAUAUUAUGGUAGAUAUUUUUUUUUGGAUGAAAAUUUCGAUUAAUUUAUUGGCCUUUCAAAUUUUCUCAUUAUACGUCGGAUUUGAAAUGGCCCCCUUAAAAAAAGCCAUUCUCAAUGCGGCUUGAUGAGAGAAAUAUUGAAAAAAGUACCCAAAAAAUAAGUUUCUACUGUGUAAGCCGCGACGCAGCGGCAUGGCUUCGAACCAUUCCAAAUGCGGCCAAUUUUUCAAUAUUGAAAAUAAUUGGAAAUAAUGUCAUGAAUUUCGUCAAAAAUUUGUAAAGGAAAACCAGAAAACAAUUAUUUAUUUCAAUAAAAAUGAGAAUGCCACGCAGCCGCAUCGCCCUUAGCCAUUCCAAACGCGGCCAUUUUAAUUUUUUUUUUCUUGGUUUUUUGGUCGAGUGUUGACUGGUAACUUGCUUUACAGUUACAGUGUCAAAAAAAUAUUGAUUAAAAAUUAUUAAUUUUUCAAGUUAAAUAUGCGAGCCAUUCCAAACGCGACCAAUUUUUUUCGAAGAAUCUAUAGUAUUUCGUGUUGAUUUUGAAGCAAUGGGUGAGUUAUUCAACGAUCGAGGCACAAGCCGAUUCCUACUACUGUCCGGUCGGUGGAAAUUGCGGCGCCGCUUUCAUGUCCAACCAAAUUUUUCAGGUUCAUUAUUAAUUCCUCUGAAGUUCCAAUCAAAACUUUGUACACUUUUUGGAGUUUCGAUCAGCUUUCCUUGACUUUUUCGGCAUUAAUGACGUCAUUUUAGAAUUAUAAGUAGUUUCAUGAUAACUUUACCAGGAUAUACUCAAUUUUUCAAAAAAUGUAUUCAACUUUUUGGGUUUUGUGAAGUUUUUUUCCGACAUUUUUACGUCUUAUUUGAGGUUUUUCCAACAAAAAAUUUUUAAGUUUGAAGUUUUUUUCACGAAAUUUCAAAUCCUUGGCUCAUUUUAUAAUAGUUCAUUUCUUAUAUUUCUCUAUUUUCGAAGCUUCUACAUCAAAUUUUGGUGCUUUAAUGAAGUUCAAAAUGGUUUUGAACGACAUUUUUGUGUCUAAAUUGAGAUUUUUCCAAAAAUUUUUUUUUCUUCCGAUCUUUGGUUCAUUCCGUGAUAUUUUCUGAGUUUUCUCAUUUUUUAAAGAAUCUCCAAUAAGUUUCGGUCUUUUUUUUCUUCGAUUUAUUAUGACGUCGUUUGAAAAUUUGCAAUGACGUCAUUUGAGAACUUAUAAUGACGUCAUUUGAGAAUUUACAGUGACGUCAAUUGAGAACUGAAAGUGACGUCAUAAAGUUUAGAUAAGCGCUGUCCUACUGGGCGUCGGAGGAAUGUACUUUACCAGUCGGCAUUGUGUUUUGAAAUCGGUUGGUAUAUUUUUUUUACCAAGUUACGGUAGGCGGGACUUCUGAAGCUUCAUGAUUGUGUUUUGGUGGACUCUUAAUUUGGUAGACUGUUCACGUAAAAAGUGUAAAAGUGACAUAUUGAUGACGUAGUUUGCAAGCUCAUGACGUCAUCGAACAGUUUCAAUAGAAAAAAGGCCUAGACGACAAAUUUAAAGUUCAAUUUAAACUGGCUUUUCGAAAUUUUUAGUUUAAUUUUCACCAAUCACGACUAUUUUCCUUGCAAUCCAUCCCAGAAAAAUUUUUUAUGGGAAAUUUUUGAAAUUCGCACCCCUAAAAGCUCCUUGUUUCAAGAAAAUUGAGCUCAAAUUAUCCGAUUUCAAAAUUUUUUCAAAUGAUUUUCAUCAACUAUUAAUCGUUUUCUUGUUAGAGAUCUAGUCUUAUAGUGAAAUUACUUUUCUUCUGAGCGAGUGAUUUUCCUCAAAAAUAGCUUACUUUCUAUCGAACCAGGUAGCUCCUAACAUCUCUGUUACUUUGAGAUCCGUGUCGCCGCCAGUUUGAGCUUAUUCGGAGCCCUGAUCCGAAUGUGGGCCGCCUAUCCAGGUGUCGAAUGUAACAAUAUUAGACUUGGUCUUUUGUAUGCAGGUUAUUAAGAACUCAAAAACUAGAAUUUCAAAAAAAAUUCAGGUACAUUCAUUUCCUCGAUCUCACAAGUUCUCUUCCUCAUUAUUCCCUCGAAAAUCGGCCGAAUUUGGUUUCCCGAAAGACAGAGGACCAUGGCCAAUGUGGUCAAUAUAAAUGGUGGGAAUGAGUCGAGAUGCGUCGCGGUCGCGUUGCGUUUUUUUUUGUUGUCUGCGCCCUCUUGACGCUCUCGUUUUCGCAUGCUUUUUUCAUGAUUCGAAGAAAGCGAGGGAGAAGAGACGCAGACAGGUUAGAAAGUCUCAAGUCGUGGCGAAUUGAUUGUAUUGAUUCCCUGGGUGGAGAAUGGUCACAGAGUUUGAAAAUGACGUCAUAAGGUCAAAAAAUGACAUCAUUUGAUCGUUGAUGAAUAUAGGAAGGUUAUAACUGAAAUUAAAGAUUUUUGAGAACCGCUCUCGGUUUUUUUUGGAUACUUAUACAAUGAGCAUAAUGACGUCAUAAAAUUAUAAUAAUGACGUCAUCAAUUCGAUGAGAUGCGUCGCGUUGCGUUUCGUCUAACUUCUCUGUGCUCUUUUUUUCGAGCUGACGCUCUCAUUUUUGCAUGCUCUCUUCAUAUUUCCAAGAGCUUGUCGGCUAGGGAGAAGAGACGCAGACAGGUUAGAAAGAGAGCGAAUUGAUUGUUGAUCACAGAUUUUUAAAAUGACGUCAUUAUUUAAAAAAGAUGACGUCAUUCAAUCAUUAAUGAAUAUAGGAAGGUUAUAACGGAGUAUAAAACGUUUCGAGAACCGCUCUCGGUUUUUUUUUUGGGCACUUAUAAACUGAGCAUAAUGACGUCAUAAAAUUAUAAUAAUGACGUCAUCAAUUCGAAGACAUGCGUUGCUUUCCUUCUAACUUCUCUGCGCUCUUUUUUUCUAGCUGGCGCUCUUGUUUUUGCAAGCUAUUUUUCAUCUUGAUCUGUUGGCUAGGGAGAAGAGACGCAGACAGGUUAAAAGUCUCAAGUCGUGGCGAAUGGGCUUUAUUACUUUACCUUCAGUUUUAAAAAUAUAGAAAAAUCAUUCGAAAUUGAAAGGUCAUAGUUGCAAAGGAAACAGCUUGAAGAAGUUGCGCCCGACCAAAAACGACUUCCGCCCUUUGGCUGAAAUGUUGAUUUGAGCCGCAAAGCGUUAAGCCAUUCUACGUGCGACCAAAUUGGAAAAAUAUUGAUUUUUCAUUAUUUUAGUUAUCUUUGAUGCUGAUACUUCGGAGAAUUAACCAAGUUGAAAUUUGAAGUUGAUGCGCAGUUAGUUUGGAUACGGAGCGAUCUUAUUCUCAUCAGAAUGCACUUUUUUGGCUCUCCCACAAAGAAUGAUUUAGUGAACCGCGACGCGACCGCAACGCGCCCCACCAUUCUCCUCAACUUCAUAUGAACUUUCAGCUGUUCAACUUGGCUUGAUCUUCGGUUCCUUACUCCCGCUUUUCUUGAUAGAUAACGAUGCCGAGACUUUGCCUCAACGAUCUUCUAAUAUCUUGAGAAUCGUGAGAUUGAGUUAUCGAGUAAAAAUGAAUAAAUGGCAUUCAGAACGCGAUAAUCGCCUUUCUUUGCUUUAUCCCCACGGUGAUGUCGAUUUUCACGACGUCUGAAGCCCCACCGACGCCUCCUUCGUUGUCCUCGACGUCGACCGUCGGAGAGACGAUGCCUUUUUUCGAGUCUAUUGGCACUUGCUUGAAGUAAGCUCGUAAUGACGUCAUUGUAGUCGGUGACGUCAUCCAGGUUUUGUGGAUGCUUUGAAGUUUGUGUACCAGGCUUCUCAUAUAAAAAAAAAUUUUUUUCUGAUUUUUUUAAAAUUCAUAUAAAGAGUGACGUCAGUUCGGUUUCAAAAUCAGGUCUAAAUGACGUCAUUUAACUCGUCUUUGCUCAAGCUCCGUCUUUAAUGACGCGAUAAACCAAUUAAAUAGCGGGCCAUCCACAUAGGGUUUUCCAAUGACUUACGAAAUUUGAACAGUCUAUAGUUCGAUUUUCGAGCUCUCUAAUGAAAAUAUUAUAAUUUAUGACAUCAUCGAAAAUAACUUCUAUUGGAAUUUCCGCUCCGACCGCGACGCAACCGCUACGCAUGCGAUUAUCUCAAUUCUUACUCUGUAAAUGAGCUCAUCAUUGUAGGAAUGGUCAAUUCCUCGUCGUCUCCUUCAUUUUCACGGUCGCUUUCGCUUCGCAAGUCUGUACUCUUCAUGCGACGACGAUCCUCGAUUGGCGUGGAUAUUCUCUUCAAGGGUUUGAAUAUAUACUUUAUUCAAGGCUUGAUUGGAAAAAAAAGAAGAAAAUUUUAAGUUUGAGUUUGAUUUUCUCUGUUUCGUUGAUCCUUAAGGACUAAAGAGUGGUCCCUGGAGGGGCAACCUUAAAACUCCUAAUAGAUUCCCCUCUAGGAACCACUAAAUCUUUCAAAAGUGGCCUUUUGUAAGCUUUAGCUUUACUCGGCCGCAAGCACUCCGGCGUUCGGCAGCCAAAUAUAUUGUAAGUGAAAAGAAUUCCAUUAAGUGCUGUGAAGUAGCCAUGCGGCAUUUGCCGAAAAGGCGCGCGCAAUCUGCCUGACUUUGCGGGAAACCAAAAUUUCUGUGCAAAAAUUUAGCAGUUUUUCAAUCACUUAAAAUAAUUUUUCUCUUCUUUUCCUAAUUUUUUCCGUUUUUCUUCUUUGUUUUUGUGUCCUAUGUAUCAUGAGCUGAAUUGUUAACUCAAAGGGAAUGGCUCAUUAUGAUUUUGGACAAUUGCUCUGCGGUCUCUACCUAUAGGGAACACCUAGAUUCUUUUUUUUGAAGUAACAGCCCUUUUUUUUGAAUGGGACCUACUCUAAUAGCAGCUCAGAUAGUUAGUUUUCCGCGACUAGAAACUGAUUUUUUUUUUCUUCGCUUUUUUCUUCUGUCCGCAUCCCUCUCUUAUUUAAAAUUUCACGGAGUUUCACCCGGGUGCAGAGAAACGCAGACUUGCGGAAACAAAUGAAUCUUAUUUCUAGAACUAACUUUCACUAACUGUUCAGGAUAUUAACUUUUCAGGUCGGUGGUGUCGGUUGGAUUCGCCUGUGCCAUCAUUGGAUGCCAACUGGCUGGAUUUCUGGUCGAUCGGACUGGUCUCUAUAAAGAAGUGGUCAAGGCUUCCAGCGUUUUGUCCUUCGUCAGCGUGGUUACACUGAGAUUUGUAAGUUUUGGGGGUUUUCACAGAUUGUCCGAAUCUUCUGGUUUGCGAUCUUUUAGAGCUAGAUAACGUUCGAAUUUAAGAGAUCAAACUCUUUUAUCUCUAGACUCUCUCUGGUUUACCAGUGCUCUCGAUCUUUUGAAGGAUGGAGUUUGAAGAUUCAUAAGUAGAAUCCAAACUGUCUGACGUCCCUGCACUCUCUCUCCCCUUGUCUUACUGUAAGAGAGAAGAGAGCGCAGAUAGACCAGACUUUUGGUUCUUAGGAGAAUAUAUCAUGGAAGUUUGACAAGAAAAAUCAGAAAAAAUAAGUGACGUCACGAGGGAUCGAACUUUGGUCCCUGUCUUGAUAGUCAAGAGCACUACUUAUCGACCAAAGACUGCUCAGAAAACGGCAUGAUUCAAAUUUUAUGUUUUCUCUCGUUUCGAAAAAUAUGGACGCAUAGGGAAUGGCUCUAGGCAUGUUUAUGUUUUUUUCAAAGCGUCCGCGCGCAAGUCGUUUUGAGUCGGGCGAGCCUUUGCAAAACCGCUUACAGGUCAAGCCAUUCCAAGUGCGACCAUUUUGCAGUAAACCUUUCUGCCGGAAUACUGAUUCUGAACCGUUUUUUGAAAAUGCAAACUGUGCAAAAUCAAAAAAAAGAACGUCAAUAGGGGCCGAACCUUGGUCUCAAAUCUUACAGUCAAGGCAAGAACCACUCGGCUAACCGGUCAAUAUCUGACAACCGGGAAAUCAGCUUAGAUUUUUGUUUCAACGGCAAAGGAAAAACAUGAAAAAGGGCCAUUUUAUCGUUCUUUCCAGUACUUCAACAUCGAGGACCCCACUUGGAUGCACUCGGCAAUAAUCUACAUCCUCUUCGGCGUGAUUCGUGAGUAUCAUCAGUCGCGUUGCGUGCACGCGUCGCGGUUUUUCUAGACAUUUUUAUGAUGAUCCAAGCGCCGAUUUGCAUCGAAAUGGGCGUCGAGAUCACGUUCCCGGUUGAUGAGACGAUCUCUACAGGGAUCCUCAUUUUAUUGUCGUGAGCAUUGCUCAUUUUAUCACUUAUAUGACGUCAUUUUGAAGAAAUAUUUGGAUGCUGUUGCUGUAUUUCAUAAUGCAUUGGUCGGAGAACUGGAGCUUCUGGUACGACCACGAGGGGAAGAAAAAUUGGAAAGGUCAUUUAUGAUGUCAUGAGGGGUUCUAUGACGUCAUAGAGUGGAUUAUUUCCUUGAUGACGUCACUUUUGAGCGAAAUUCAACGGAGAACUUGACUCUCAAUCAAUAAAAACAGCCAUAAUUGAAUUUUGGCCCCUUUUCAAGCUUUUUUUGGUUAAUGUUUUCAAAAAAUGAUGCAGUUAUGGUGAACGAUGACGUCAUUAUGGCAAAAAUUUGAGUUAUGACGUCAUUUUUCGCAUUUUUCUGAGCGGUUUUUUCAGCACUAAAGGUCACUUUUUUUUCAAAAAUUUCGCGAAAUUCGUCAUAUUUGACGUCAUCUUCGAGUUUUUUUUUUCUUUAUGACGUCACUCAAGCCUUCAUCGAUGACGUCAUUCAUUUUCAAUUUUUUCUUCUUCAGUUUCAAUGGAUAUUUGGGCAUUUUCGUUGCUUCUCUCUGUUUUCGUCUCUUUGGUUUUCCUCUGGCCAAAGUUUGUUUUUUUUUUAUUUUCUUUCGAAAAUGAUGCAUUUUGAGGUAUAAAAGAACACUGCUUGACAAUGGCGAUGAGGAUAUUCUAGCGGAGAUCCGAACCUUGGAAGCCGUGGCCGAGGUGGAAUCGAAUAGCAAAUCCAAGACGAGAUCGUCGACGAUUUCUGGCUCGAUUGAAUAG